AUGACAAUGCGGCCAGGUUCUCUCUCUGGCCUCGGUCGCCUUAUCCGUCCCACUUCCAUAUCCACACUACGUCCGGCUACGACGCUGCCGCGAUGCCUCUCAACCAGCGCGCCCUCGCUAGCUGGGGCACCACCAAAGAGUUGGGCACCGACGCCCUUUGUAACGGAGACAGUGGCCGGUGGCUGGCAGACCUCCGAUAUCUUCUCCCGAUUACUCAAGGAGCGCAUCAUCUAUCUCGAGGGUGAGGUAGACGGGGCCGUCUCCGCCUCCAUCGUUGCGCAGCUCCUCUUCCUCGAAGCCGAUAACCCCGAGAAACCAAUCCACAUGUACAUCAACUCGCCCGGCGGCUCCGUGACAGCCGGCCUAGCAAUCUACGACACAAUGACCUACAUCGCCUCCCCCGUCUCAACCAUCUGCGUCGGCCAGGCCGCCUCCAUGGGCUCGCUCCUAUUGUGCGGCGGCCACCCGGGCAAGCGGUACUGUCUCCCACACUCCACAAUCAUGGUGCAUCAGCCCUCGGGCGGCUACAUGGGGCAAGCGACGGACAUUGCCAUCCAUGCGAAGGAGAUCCUGCGCGUGCGCAAGCAGCUGAAUCAGAUAUACAAGACACAUCUCAAUGGCAAGAAGGAGUUGUCCCUCGAUGAUAUUGAGAAACUCAUGGAGAGAGAUUAUUUCAUGGGUGCCCAGGAGGCGCUGGAGUUGGGCGUCGUGGAUGAGAUUUUGGAUCGGAGGGCCAAUAAAGGUGAGGAGAAGGGCGGGAAGUAA